AUGGGAGGCAAAGUCUGGAGCAAGCGGGAAGAGGCGAUCUUCUGGCUGAUCUUGGCCAUUCUCUUCCCUCCUGGACUGCACCAGGAGACCAAGGGUGUCAAGAAGGGCCGAAGUGAUAUUCACAAGUCGUGGGAGCCCUUCCCGGAGAUGAUGAACCGAUACUGGCGCGAAAAGUAUCCGGGAGAGGAUCCCCCACGAAAAUACACCGCAGUGUCGAUGUAUGAGCAUUAUUUCCAGAACUUCGUCCAGGGAAAACUCUCCCCCAAUGCGAAACCAUUCGUCGAGGAGUACAAGGCUCGGCUCAAAAAGGCGGCUGAGAAUCCUAAGUCUAGCUCUGACAACGAAGAACCCGAGUCUCGCGAGCUGAGCAUAGUUUCCGAGUCUAGCGAGCAGAGCGUCCCUGAGUCCACCAAGGCAAAAGAGUCCGAACCCAGCGAAACCGCUGUCUCGAUUCCCACGAGUGCGAUCUCCCAGCAGAGUGCCCGUCAGCAAAUCGCCUGCGAGGCUCCUCCACCCCCGAACUGCCGUCCCAUCAUGUUGCCCUGCCAGGCUAAGGCCCAAGCUCAGGAGCCAUGGGAGAAGAAAUGGCAGAAGAAAUUGGAGGAAAUUGGAAAAAAGCGUGUCAGCUACGAUCAUGGAAGCCAAGAGCGUCCCGGUAAACGCCUUCGGACGAUGGGCAUCAGUCACCAUGAUAUCAACAUGUCUGCGCCCAAGGGCCUUCCGAACCAGCACGAUAUGCCUGCAGAGCAGAAUGCCAACGAUGGCGACCAGUUUACCCGAGUCCCUCCUGCACACAUGAGCUUUCAGAACCAGAACCGCAUGCCUGUACAGCAGAAUGCCAACGGUGGCGACCAGUUUGCCGGGUUCUACCCUGCGCACAUGGGCUUUCAGAACCACAACGGUCCUCCGCACAACAACUGGCAUCAGUUCAACAUGGUUGCGACCUAUCCCGGCCCCACCACCGGUCACCAUGGUUCUCAGAACAGUACCGACCUCUUUAUCGACCACAACGGUACCCAAGUCAACUACCGUGGUGUCACCGGCCCUGGUCUUGUCCAGAACGAUUCCAACUCAUUCAUAAGUCAUGGUGCUGAACAGUCGAGCCACAGCACUGUCAACGGCCGCGGUGAUGCUCAGAAGAGGAAGCGUUCAGACCUGUGA